AUCCAUCAUCUGGUCUCUACAUAAAAACUAAAUCUAAUAAAAUCAUUAAAAUUUCGAUACCUAAAGAUUAUUUGGCAUUUCAAUUAGGUGAAGCAAUGCAAUUGGCUUCUGGAAAUAACUUGUUGGCAACUCCUCAUAUGGUUAAAGGAAUUUCGCCAAAUGUUAAAAGUGAAAUGCCAAUUAAUGUUAUUUCUAGAAAUACUUUUGCUGUAUUUAUGCAACCACCAUUAGAUGAAAUGGUUGGGGAUAUUACGUUUGCGGAUUUUGCUAGAAAAGUUAUUCAGAGUCAUUACAAAGUUAUUACGAG